AUGACUUCAAUCCUGAGGAGAGUGUAUCACAUCACUGCAUUCAGCUGGUAUGCUUUUAUUGUAAAGAGUCUUGCUGCAAAGGAUGGAGAAGAGUUGCCACCAGGAAUCUUUGUUUAUGGAGGACCUUGGAAGUACCUCACUUUUUUGAAUUUGUUAUUGCAAAUGUCAUUCUUUGGACUGGCUGCAGUGAAUGAUCUCCAGCCUGGGAAAAACACAGAGAGCACCCUGCACAGAUGUAAAGACCUUCUCUUCUCUGUGUUUGCCUUCCCUGUGGGCAUGUUUGUUGUUGCACUUUUCUGGUCGAUCUUUGCCUAUGACAGAGAAUUGGUCUACCCUGCUACUAUUGACACCUUCUUCCCCCCUUGGAUAAACCAUGCUAUGCACACAUUUGUCCUUCCCAUUUUACUUGGAGAAGUUCUGGUGCAGCCUCAUGUCUACCCACAGACUAAACAUGCGCUGGCUGCAUUAGGAGUUGUGGGUGUAGCCUACUUGUCCUGGAUUGUAUGGGUGUACUUGUCAGUUGGGAUUUGGGUAUAUCCCCUCCUCGGGCACUUCAGCACAGCUGGUGUGGUGGGCUUCUUCUUUUUCAACAUGUUGGUGGUGACUUUGUUCUACGUGCUAGGAGACAAACUCAACAGACAUUUCUGGAGUAAGAGACCUUAG